AUGGCAGGGCGAGGGCUCCUGGAUCGCGUCGUCGGCCGCCUACGUGGCGCGCUGCCGUCGCAUGACGCCAAGGCGUCGGCGGCGCUGCUCCAGGCGAAGGCCAAGGGCAUGGCUGAGGCCGCAACAACCACGACAGCGUCGCGCUUGACGCAGCUCCAGGCACAGUCGUCUGCGCAGCUGCAGGAGACGCGCGCGCGCGUCGUGUCAAGUGCGCAAGCGCUCGCGAUGUCGUCGAAAGAGAGGCUGCAAGACAUGGGCGCCUCGGCCGUCGAUGCUUCCAAGCACAAGCUGCAGGCCGUCGGCUCGGCGACCGCCAACGCCGCAACACACAAGUUCCAGGCCGUCCGAACGUCGGCUGCCAACGUCGCUAAAGAGACGCUGCAGCGAGCGGGUGGAUCACUGACGAACGCAUCCAAAAGCUUGGCGACGAGUGCCCAGGACCAAGCGACGAAGCUCUCCCAUACCGCGCUGGGGGCCACCGCUGGCGCCGUCAAGGCCCAGGCCUCGACGCUACAGCGACACUUGGUCGAAUCGAUGGACCCGAGGGAGAAAGCGCGCAAGCUGCGAAACCAAGUGCUCUGGUUUGUCUUCUCUGCCAUCUUUGUCUACGGCUUUGCGUCGGCAAUCCCGCCAGCCAUCUCCAAGUACCUCAUUGAGAAGGAGCGCUUAGCUGCAGCACAGGCCUCGCGGGAUGAAGACUACUAA